AUGGCCCAGACCGAGCAGAAGGCCUGCCUGAUCGUGAUUGAUGGCUGGGGUGUUCCCGGAGCCGACUCCCCCAAAGAUGGCGACGCCAUCACCAACGCGAAGACGCCCGUCAUGGACGCCUUCGCCCAAAGCAAGACCGGAUACUGCGAGCUCGAGGCCUCGUCCCUUGCCGUUGGCCUGCCCGAGGGUCUGAUGGGCAACUCUGAGGUCGGCCACUUGAACAUUGGCGCCGGUCGCGUUGUCUGGCAAGACGUCGUCCGCAUCGACCAGACAAUCAAGGAGGGCAAAUUUGCCGAGAACGACGUGAUCAAGAAGACCUUUGAGGGCGCCAGGGACGGCAACGGCAGACUGCACCUCUGCGGUCUCGUCUCCCACGGUGGUGUGCACGCCAAGCAGGUCCACCUCUACAACCUCCUCAAGGCGGCCAAGCAGUACGGCGUCCCCAAGGUCUACAUCCAUUUCUUCGGCGAUGGCCGCGACGUGGACCCCAAGUCAGGUGCCGACUACAUGGAGGAGCUCAUCAAGACCGCCGGCGAGAUCGGCACCGGUGAGAUUGCGACUGUUGUCGGCCGUUACUACGCCAUGGACCGUGACAAGAGAUGGGAGAGAGUCCAAAUUGCCCUCGACGGUAUGAUCAACGGCAAGGGCGAGGAGAGUUCUGACCCCGUCAAGACCGUCCGGGAGCGCUACGCCCGCGGUGGCGACAAGGACAAGGACGAGUUCCUCACCCCCAUCAUCGUCGGUGGCGACGAGCGCCGCAUCAAGGAUGACGACACCGUCUUCUUCUUCAACUACCGCUCCGACCGUGUCCGCCAGAUUACUCAGCUCCUCGGCGACGUCGACCGCUCAGUUCUUCCCGACUUCAACUACCCUAAGAUCAGGACCCUGGUCACCAUGACCCAAUACAAGGUUGACUACCCCUUCGAGGUCGCCUUCAAGCCCCAGCACAUGGGCAACGUCCUCGCCGAGUGGCUCGGCAAGCAGGGCGUCGAGCAGGUCCACAUCGCCGAGACGGAGAAGUACGCCCACGUCACCUUCUUCUUCAACGGCGGUGUCGAGAAGGUCUUCGCUCUCGAGACCCGUGACGAGAGCCAGGACCUUGUCCCCUCCAACAAGGCUGUCGCCACCUACGACAAGGCCCCUGAGAUGUCGGCCGACGGCGUCGCCAACCAGGUCGCCAAGCGCCUGGGCGAGCAGAAGUUCCCCUUCGUCAUGAACAACUUUGCGCCCCCCGACAUGGUCGGCCACACUGGCGUGUACGAGGCCGCCAUCGUCGGUGUCGAGGCCACUGACAAGGCUAUCGGCAAGAUCUACGAUGCCUGCAAGAAGCAGAACUACAUUCUCUUCAUUACCGCCGAUCACGGCAACGCCGAAGAGAUGAAGUUCCCCGAUGGCAAACCCAAGACCUCCCACACCACCAACAAGGUUCCCUUCAUCAUGGCUAACGCCCCCGAGGGCUGGAGCCUGAAGAAGGACGGUGGCGUUCUGGGUGACGUCGCUCCCACGGUCCUGGCCGCGAUGGGCCUGCCCCAGCCCGAGGAGAUGACCGGAACCAACUUGUUGACCAAGGCAUAA